ACAUCACCGGAAUUUGCUGGGAAGAACGUUCUACAAUGUGGAAGAGGAAACUUCAUACUCUUGAGAUUCAAACUGUCAAUGACAUGUACAAACUCUUGCAAGAGUAUAACUCGAGCUUGCAGCUGUACAAUAGCAAACUCCAAGGUGAUCUCACUGAAGCUCAUGAAGAUAUAAAGCGAGGAGAGAAAGAACAGACGGGCAUUGUAGAGAGUAUUGUGAGGGAAGAGUUCAUGAGUGCUUUCAAGGAAGAGAAGCUUGAGAAAGUUCAGAAGGCUGUUGAAGGAUCUGUUGAUGAUUUGGAACUUCCAUUUCAAGUUUUUUCCAAGCUUGGAAGAUGGGUGAAUAGACUACAACUAGUUUGUGGUAAUGAUGCAGAGAGCAUAAUGGGAGGACCUAUGUCGGAAACUGAAGACAACAACGAUGCUUUUUUGGGUGAGGAAGCUGAUGGUACUACUGCUCCAGAAUCUUCUGCGGGAAGGAGAAGAAGACCCACGACAGAGAGAUCAAGCAGUGAUGUUCCAAAGCCGAAGAAAGCAAAGAAAAAGCAAGCGCAUAGAGCUGAAGUUUGGCAGCAUUAUAUUGAGAAGGAAGAUCUUGUAGACAUAGAUUGCUCUGGGACCAAGUUGUUCAAGUACCAAGGAUGUUGGUACGAAAAAGACAUUCUCCAAGCAAUCCUCAAUUUCAACAAAAACUUUCAGCCACAAGAAACUGAUAUAAUUGUUGCUUCUUUCCCCAAAUCGGGUACGACUUGGCUCAAGGCACUCACAUUCGCACUCGCUCAAAGAUCACAACACCCUUCAGACCAUCAUCCUCUGCUAAGUCAUAAUCCUCAUGAGCUAGUGCCGUACCUCGAGCUCGAUCUGUAUCUCAAAAGCUCGAAACCGGAUUUGACCAAGUUACCAUCAUCAUCUCCGAGAUUGUUCUCAACUCACAUGUCGUUCGAUGCGCUUAAAGUACCCUUGAAGGAGUCUCCUUGCAAGAUUGUGUACGUGUGCAGGAACGUCAAAGACGUGUUGGUAUCACUUUGGUGUUUCGAAAACUCCAUGAGUGGAGAAAGCAAUGUAAGUCUCGAGGCUUUGUUCAAGUCUUUCUGUAGCGGAGUUAGCUUAUGCGGUCCCUUAUGGGCAAAUGUUUUAAGCUAUUGGAGAGGAAGCUUGGAAGAUCCUAAGCAUGUGCUUUUCAUGAGGUACGAGGAGUUGAAAGCGGAGCCUCGUGUGCAAAUCAAGAAACUUGCUCAGUUCUUGGAUUGUCCAUUCACAAAGGAAGAAGAAGAUAACGGAGGUGUAGACAAGAUCUUGGAACUUUGCUCUCUAAGAAACCUGAGCGGUUUGGAGAUCAACAAAACAGGAAAAUUGUCGGAAGGAUUAAGUUUCAAGAGUUUUUUCCGUAAAGGGGAAGUUGGUGAUUGGAAGAGUUAUAUGACUCCUGAAAUGGAAAACAAAAUCGACAUGAUUGUUGAGGAGAAACUUCAAGAAAUGUCAACCAAAAGUUGGAUCAAGGCACUCACAUUUGCACUCAUUCAACGAUCAAAACAUCCUUUAGAAGAAGAUAAUCAUCCUCUGCUAUCUCAUAAUCCUCAUGAGAUAGUGCCGUACCUCGAGCUCGAUCUGUAUCUCAAAACCUCAAAACCAGACUUGACCAAGUUCUUAUCAUCAUCAUCAUCUCCAAGAUUGUUCUCAACUCACAUGUCGUUCGAUGCACUUAAAGCACCCUUGAAGGAGUCUUCUUGCAAGAUCGUGUACGUGUGCAGGAACGUGAAAGACGUGUUGGUGUCUCUUUGGCAUUUCCUCAAUGUCAACAAGGGAGUAGAAUGGGGAGAUUUCAGCCAAAGCGAAAAGAUCAGUGGAGUGGAUGAUCACUCUUUCGAGGCUAUGUUUGAGUCAUUCUGCAAUGGAGUUACCCUAUACGGUCCCUUUGAGGACCAUGCUUUGAGCUAUUGGCAAGGCAGCUUGGAAGAUCCUAAGCAUGUUCUUUUCAUGAUGUACGAGGAGUUCAAAGCGGAUCCUCGUACUCAGAUCAAGAGACUUGCGGAGUUCUUGGAUUGUCCAUUCACUAAGGAAGAGGAAGAUAGCGGAUCUGUAGACAAGAUCUUGGAACUUUGCUCUCUAAGUAAUCUAAGCAGUUUAGAGAUCAACAAAACUGGAACGUUGGAUGGAGUAGAUUUCAAGAGUUAUUUCCGUAAAGGAAAAGUUGGUGACUGGAAGAGUUAUAUGACCCCUGAAAUGGUAAACAAAAUCGAUAUGAUCAUCGAGGAGAAACUCAAAGGUUCCGGUUUGAAAUUCUAGAAUUAUGUGUGCUUUGUCAUAUAUAUUGUUAAUGUGAUGUAACAUUAUAAUUGAUGUGUCUGGUUUUUGUUCUCUUUGAUGUUAUUGAACUAGCUUAUCUCAUGAGGUGUAAUUAUGUUCACUUACAUUUAUGACUAAUAAACUAUCAUAUUAUCA